GAUAAUUAAUUUUCCUUUUACAAUUGCAAUUGUAAAAAAUACACAUGAACGUUAAUCUUCCUUUUCUAUAUAUAUUUAUAUUUAAUAGAAAUCCGGAAAAUACAUGGAGAAAUAUAUCAUCAACGGUCAGAUUGGCGAAGGAGCGCAAGGCUUGGUCCUGAAAGCGCACGAUACGUCUAGGGAUCAGGAAGUGGCGCUAAAGAAGAUCCUAAUUAAAAAGAGCGAGGGCGGUCUACCCGCGUCCAUCAUACGCGAAGUGAAAAGUCUGCAGCAAUUCAAGCACCCCUACGUCGUGGAACUGCUGGACGCUUUCCCGAACGGUUUAGACUUCGUAAUGGUGUUCGAAUACAUGCCAACGGGUCUGUGGGAGAUAUUAAGGGACCCCGAGAUAUCCUUGACGCUGGCGCAAAUUAAAACGUACAUGAAGAUGUUGCUGGAGGGUAUAGCGUACGUGCACGGCAAGAAUAUAAUACACAGGGAUUUGAAACCUGCGAACUUGCUGAUCAGCGACAAGGGUAUCUUGAAAAUCGCAGAUUUUGGCUUGAGCAGACUGAUGUGGCGGGACGGCACGAAGCCGUAUUCGCAUCAGGUCGCUACGCGAUGGUACCGCGCGCCGGAGCUGCUCUACGGAGCGCGCUACUACACGUCCGCGAUCGACAUGUGGUCGAUCGGUUGCAUAUUCGGCGAAAUGCUGAACGCUUCCCCGUUGUUUCCAGGUGAGACCGACAUCGAGCAACUGGCCAUUGUUCUGAAGUAUUUGGGUUCCCCUACGUCCGAAUCCUGGCCCGAAUUGAGCUCAUUACCGGACUACAAUAAAAUCACCUUUCCUUACCACAAGAGCACGUCAUGGGAGAGCAUUAUUCAAGACGCGCAGCCGGAAGCUAUCGAUCUAAUCAGGCAAAUCUUGAUUUACAAUUCGUCCAAACGUCUCACAGCUGAACAAGCAAAUCUUGAUUUACAAUUCGUCCAAACGUCUCACAGCUGAACAAGUAAUAUACAAGAUUAUAUAAUGACGUAUAAAUAAAUAAUGAUGUGAUACUAAUAAGAUAUCUGUCUCGAAUUAUCCUCGAAUUUUUGAUUAGUUACUAUUAUUUUUCUCGCUGUUCUGCCAUUGCUAACGUCAUCGUUAGAGAGAAAACGAAAGAAGAGAUACACAUAUAGAAAUAAAAAUGAUAAAUUAUUGUUUCAGGCAUUGUGUCACGUAUACUUUUACUCCAAACCGUAUCCAUCUAUGAAGACUCUAAUAAAACCACCGCCGGAUCAUCGCCUUCGCGUAAAACC